AUGCAAGUGACUAUGGAUCAGCGCACGCGCAGGCCUGGGCUAUGCGCGGCGCCAAAGUAUAUCUUCAAAUUGUGAACUCUCUUAAAAAUCUAUAAGCUUAUUCAAUAAGUACUCAUAAAUAUCUACGAAAGUAUUUUUUUUUAUUCGUCAGCAUUUUCAAACUUCGUAUGCAUUUCAAAUUGGAGUGUUUUUGAAUGGAUGCUUCGAUAUUUAAACAAAGGAGCUGUUGCUUUUUUGAUAUCGAGACUUUAUCGAAAUCGCUGUUGGAGUAUCACUUAAAAAGUUCGUCGACGUGGUAUGUUAACUUCUAUUUAGAUAAUUCGGUUAUAUUGUUUGAAUAUCGAUAUCCCUAACACUAAAUUGUCUCGUGAAGACAGACUGUCCAGCAUGAGUCCUCAGUUCUGCAAGCUGUAAACUCCUCUACGCGUCUCUCACCAGCGAUGGAUGCCAGGCUUCUCCUUGUUCUGGCGGUCUCUGCCCAUCUUUGUAGUAUAACAACCGCCGAUGGACCGGUCUACGAUGGAGUUCCCGCCAAACCCAGUGCCCCUGCAGCGCCAGCCGGCAACUUCCUCACGCAGACCGUGUAUGGUUUCCUCGACUUCACCACCACCAUAGGGAACACCGUCAUGGUCUUCUCGCCUCAGUCCGCUCCUCCACCAGAACCACCUCAGACUGAAAAGUCUGUACAAGAAAAUAUCAUAGAAACAAAACCGCCUCCUCCAUCAGUUACUACUGCUAAACCAGAAGCCAUCAAACCAAGCAAAAUAUCAGAUAAAGACAAGACAAAUAAACCAGCAACUCCUGCCGUCAUAUCCAGCGCUGUUACAGUUAUGUCUUCCCCACCUAAAAACGAGGAGAAACUCCCAAAUGCGCCAAAAUCUGUCAUCAGUGAACAAAAACAAGUUAUUACAAAAGUAGAAGUUGUCGCUGGACCAUCCAAAAUUGUUGAAAGUAGUCCUUCAAAAUCAAUGCAAAAAUCAAACAAGCAAAACUCACAAGCUAAAAAACCAAAACCAGAAAUAAAAAGUGUUACCAAUAUUGUAAGCAGCAAAGUUGAAGUUAAGCAAGAACCUCCACCGACGAUCAUUAGCUCCAAGCUAAAUAGUGUAGUAGAAAUCAAAUCUAGCCAAGCUGAUGAAGAGCCUGCCAUUCUUAUCACCAAUAAUAAUAUUGGAGAGCCCGAAUAUGAUUUCUUAUCACGACAACCUUCAGAAUUUGUUGAAGAAACCUACAAAGUUAUAAAUAUUAGACCAUCAAAAACUCAUGGGCCAAAACCAAAGCAAGGACACAAACAUAGACCACAUCAACCAACUCCACCUCCUGAAGACGAUGAACAUCCUAUUGGUCUUGUAACAACUCUAGGAGGUACCAUAGUCAAAGAUGGAUUAACAACAGUACAUGAAACCAGUGUUAUAGGAACAUAUAUAUCUGGAAAAUACGCACAAGUUUUGAACAGUAAUUCUAAAAUACUACCAGCCAGUGGUCAUAGAGCUAAAAUUUCUCCAAGUCCAACAAAUAGAAUCUUAAAAACAGCAGCACCGGGAGGAUUUAAUAAGAACAGAUAUAAUCUGGAACCUACACCGUCAAUUAAUGAUGAAGAAACUAAUAGCAAAACAACACGCAGACAUUCGAGCAGCGGAAGUUCUUUCAAAAAUCGCCAUAAACAACAAAGCAGCCAAGAUAUUGAUAAUCACGACAGCUCUCCCCCUGCUCAAAGUAAAAAAUAUAAAAACCGGAAUUCUUCACAAUCUCAACGCACUCAAAGUACUCGUUAUGGCCGACGAUCAAACACUCCUCAACUGGCAACCGUCUCUGUUUUCAGUGAACCAUCAGCAUCCUCGUUUUCCAACAGAAGAAAGAAUAACAGGAAUUCUGGACACAAAACCACCGUAACCCCAUCAAGUAAUGAUAACCAAUCAAGACGUGGUUUUAAACCUCGCGUUCAAGCUACACCAGUCGAACAAGUUACUCCUUCUGUUUCGACAAGUGUUUAUAAAUUCAAAUUAAAUCGUUCUCCUGGCUCAGGUCGAUGGCAGUACAAAACCAGCCCCAAACCAAAAGUGACGAUACGCAAGAUGGCUGGCGACGAUGACCAAACUACACCAAAUCCUAAUCCAAUACUUGACGACCCACAAUCUAAUGAACUUUCUCCUCAAGCUCGAUCAGACAACGACCUCGAGUUGUCAGGAUCACAAAGUGGCCUUGGUACUCUUCUUGAAAAUGAUACAGAAGACAACUCGAUAGAGAAGCCACCACCGGUCGAAACACUUAAAGUAGAAAUAUCAACUCCUGCUGAUUUCAAAGAUGUUUAUUACGAAAUUGCUACAAUCAAAUCUCCUUACACAUUCCAGGUUGGACGUGUCAAGAAUACCCGCAUUAUUACAGUUACUUCUACAAUUGAAAAACGCAUCGAACCUACUUUAGUAGUUAAUUCACAAAGCUCUCUAAACGAACCUUUGACGGAAAACAUAUUGGCUACUGCAUCGCCUUACGGAAAAGACCAUAAUUUACUUGAUUCAAGUAUUGCAACAUUACCACCUAUUACUUUGUCAUCUGACAUGGAAACCCCACCUCUGGAAACAGUCACAGAAACAUUUAGUACUACACAAAAUAUGCUGAAAACGCAUAUUUUACCUGUCGUACGAGAUGUCAACAUAACAAGUAGCCUUACUUUUAUACAAACGUAUCAAGUCACAAGAUUUGUAACUGCUACCAAAACAUUGCCUCCUAUGGACUUUUAUCAAUUUAUUCCAAGCAAAACAUUAAAAGAAUUCAAUAGCCGUCUUGAUGAAGCCGGUUCUGAGUUACAUUUAGAACUUGAUUUUGGUGACAGUAACGAAGACGAAGAGGGAGUGCCGAGGCGCGUAUUUCCAUCUGAUUUGGAUCUUGCUAAUGUUGGAUCAGAGUUUGACCUUACAGAAGUGGACAAAUAUAGAUUACCUGAUAACCACCUGAGACUAAAGAAAGCACAUGGUCAGAAUAAAUCGAACCAAGUAACUGAACCUCCUAGUCCGGCCACGCCUGCAUUGACUCCAGAGCAAGCACAACAACUAGCUCUAUUAAGACUUCUUAAUCCGGCAGCAGCUGCACAAAUUCCCAAUGUGGUGACGACUUCCAAACCUAUCUUGAAAUACGAGACAGUUUAUGAAUCACAUGUAAUACCUGUUUUCGAUGGAAAGAACACAAUUCAAAGCACUAUAUCAAGGCCGGUGGCUACUGUUACCAAAACGGAAUAUGAAGUGGGCACAAGUAGCCUUCCAGCGCUUCCGUUGCAGCCGAUUAACCCUCUAUUCCCUCAGCAGCAGUUCUCAGUAACUUCGACGCCUGUUGUUUUGAACACAGAAGUUACUGCCACGGACAGUCAAGUUCUAAAACUGACUUUCGGCGCCAAGACGGUGUACACGACAUUGUUUACAACUAAAGUUGUGCCCACUAUUCUGACUUCGUACGUAACGUCUUCGGUGCCGGUGGCUCCCAGUGCCGGCUUCCCGGGGUACUUCCCCGCGCCAUUCGCGCCUUUCCCUUACGUUGGUUAAUCGAUAGAGUUUUAACUCUAUCUCGUGAGCUCUGUAGUUAUGAAAUGUUAACUGUACAGUGAAAAUAUAUCAAAAUUUUCCCAGUGAACUGAACUGUGUAACGUAAGUGUGUUAUUAUAGUACCCGUGAUAAACUAUAUCGCGCGAGUGGUUGAGUUGUUCGGAGAAAGCAGAAUGUCGGGAUUUAUAGCCUUUGUGGAAACACGAAAACUCUAAAGUUUAUAUUUCUUAUAAAGUUUUCUGAGCUCGCCGCGCCAUUGCGUGCUCCGAGCCGGUGAGGUAAUGUUCACUGACGUAGCUAUAAUAAAAGUACAUAAUAAUUUACAAUGUAACCAGUAAAAGCUUUGUAAAUAACGUAUUUAUAUAAAUAAAGAAUGUUGUAUAUAGAUAGGAAUACCUUACUAAUUACUUUUUAUGAAAGUAUUGUAGAUAACUGUAAUAAUUUCUAAGUACUUAUAUCUUUUGAUACGUUUCUGUAUGAUAUAUUGCUUGAGUAAGAGGGUUUCUAUAAUUAAAUAAAUAAAAGAAA